AUGGUCAACCGUUUCUUAGCCCAACCAACAAGAACCUCUGCUCUAUCCAUACAAACCAAGGUACUUGCUGCUCUCAGGUUUUAUGCUUCAGGCAGUUACCAGGAAAUUACUGGCUCGAACAGUUUUGUGGCCAUUAGCCAAGCUUCAGCUAGUCGAGCUGUGAAUGAGGUCACGAAUGCAUUAAACCAACCUGAAAUUCUAAAUAAUGUAAUAAGGUUCCCUCGAAAUAUUGAAGAGUUGGAAAAUAUUCGAACUAGGUUUUAUGAAAGUUACCAAUUCCCUGGAAUAAUUGGUUGCAUCGACUGUACUCAUGUGAGCAUUGUGGCUCCGCCAGCUAAUGAUGAGCAUGCUCCUGAACAUAUUUAUGUAAACCGAAAGAAUUAUCAUUCACUUAAUGUACAACUAAUUUGUGAUAACAAUCUUAAAUUAUUAAAUGUGACAUCAAGAUUCCCAGGGUCCACCCAUGAUGCGCACAUUUGGAGACAGUCUGCAGUCUCCAAUUUAAUGGAACAAUUAUAUAGAAGGGAUCCGACAAAUGUUUUUUUCUUGCUGGGCGACUCGGGAUAUCCCACUCGCCCUUGGUUACUUACACCGAUUUUAAAUCCACAAAAUGUUGGACAACAACGGUAUAAUGACAGAUUAUGUUCUAUAAGAUCCAUCAUUGAACGGUGUAAUGGUGUACUUAAAAACCUAUUUAGGUGUUUGCUAAGAUAUCGCACUUUACAUUACCACCCAACAACAGCUGGAAAAAUUGUAAAUGCCUGUUAUAUUCUCCAUAAUUUAUGUAUAGAAAGAAAUAUUCCAGAGCCAGACGAACCUCAUAUUGAAGAGCCUGAUUAUGGCAUUUACCAUAAUCUAAAUUUUGUUGACAAUAUGCCACAGCUAAUUAAUCCUGAUUUGGCAGUUGGAAGGGAUUUGCAGCUCAACAUUAUUGCUAAUCAUUUUAAUGAAUAA